CGCUUGCGCUUUUAGAGAGGGAGAGAGAGACUCAGCGUCGGCAAAAAGCUCGCACCACUUUCUUCCUUCUCUAAUGGCGAAUCUUGCAGCCUAGCUUUCACACGAGCCACUUCUCACACCCUCUCCUCCCCACUCUACUGAGCCCAAACUGUAAACCCUCGCUUCUCCCGUGCCUUUGAUCUCUACUUGCUGGUCUUCGUCCGCAGUCAUGGCCGCAGAGACGACACCGCCGCCGGUGAUUGGGAAGGCCGGGAGCUACACCGUCUUCAUCACCCCGCCUCCGAACCCGACGCCAUCCGAGGGCCCAAGAUCCCCCAUUGCGAGCCCUACGCCGAGCCUUAGUGCCAGCACCCCUGAAAAGGAGGCUCCUUUGCCGGCGAAGGCUUCUCCUCCUCCGCCGCCGCCGCCGGUUCAGGUACCACCCCGGCAGUUCGAGAAGCCUGCCGCCAAGUCUUCUGGAUCCGUAUUCGGCUUCUUCUGGGACGCCAUCGUCAAAGUCCAAAAUGCGCAUUCGAGCUUGGACGAGUACUUGGCGGAUUGGUUUGGAUUGAACCAGUCCAGGUACCAGUGGGCGUUGAAUGAUUACUAUGAGAGCAGUGAAAAGGUUACUGUUCUUUUCGCUUUGGUCGUGAAGUUUCGUAAUGUUCUUUUGGUCGGCGAUGGCUUGAAGGAAAAGGAAAGUGGUAAAGUUAGUAAACCAAAAGAGGUUUCCAGCAAAGUACAAGCUGUCUAAAAAGUUUUUAAAGAGUAGACUUCAGCAUUGGCAUGUGGGUCCUGAAGUUAAAAACAUGUCUGAUGAAAUGCUGUUUAUGCUUUGUAUAUCAAUGAUCUAAAGCGGUCUCGACGUAUUACAGACCAAAUGAUCCUAUGUCAGCUCUUGUGUCAUCAUGCGGCUGAUUGCAGUUAGUUCAAUCGACGAGACAGGAAUCUGUGAUCAAUGAUUUCCUUUCAAAUGUUUUUCCUAUGUUAGCAUUCUCGGAUUACUUCUUGAAAUCAGUUGUCUUUGAACAUUUUAUGAAAUCAUCUGUCCAAAAGCAAUCAAAAUGGUUGUUGUUUCCUCCUUGUAUGACAAUAAUAGCUUUUUCUAUGUUAUUUUUUUUUCAA